UUCUGGCGGAAUACUAUUGGUAAUGGGCUUGGUCCUGUUUCUGGGAGUAAUCCUCAAUCGAUCUACGAGCGGAGCACCCGUUCUUGAUGAGCUGGACUCACCGUCAGUCAUCAAGGAAUUUGGCGGACUGGCGGAAUUUUUUUCCCAGCGGAGAAAGCCCCCUAGACAGAUGCCACUGUCCAAAAACAUGACACGUGAGCAACGUAUUGAAUGGAACAAGAAUUGCGAGCUCUAUGGAACACCGUGCGAAAUGGCUGAGCAAUGCUGCACGAGAAUAUGCCUGGUGGCUACCAGGGAGUGCGGUGCCCCAGCUGUCCCAAUUAAACCUUGGUAGCUCCUUUAGCUCCGUCAUAUACAUAUAUGUAUAGCCGAAAGGUAUAGCCUUUCGGAUAUGAAAACAUGGAUGCGUUGACUUAUGGCUUAAAUAAACAAAUAACAAAAACAGCUGCAGUAAGAAAACACAA